AUGCGCUUUCGCAUAGCCAAUCGCCUUCUAUCCUCACCUACAGUUCCCCGCCGGAGCUUCCACAAUGUCUCCGCCCAAGCGAAAGAUCCCAUGAUAUUCGAAAACAGCCUCGAGAAAACCCUCGAAGAGCACCGAUCGGUAAACCGAGCAUGCUUGAUACGCAAGGUCGUUUCUGGGCCUGAUUCACACAGACGGACUCGCCUUGCUUCCCGAGAUAAAUCGCCCAAAUCAGUGUCGUCCAAGUCACCAGUACGGCGCGAAUCGCAAAGCCAACUAUUGGCGACAGCUACACAAUCGCCUACCCUCCAAAAUGGUGAAAAGUCGCAUGGUCUAACCGAUGAGGAGCUGAUCACGGCUCUGCCCUUCCAUUCGCCAAUGAGAUUGAAAUUGGGGAAAGGGCAAGCAAAGCAACGUCCAUGGCUUUCUCAACUGGACCCAAAUCAGCGUUUUUUGAGCGGCGUCUCGCAACUUGAUGCGGAGCUUCGAGCUCUGGAAAAAUACUUAACUCCAACCAUGCAGGAAGUAGAAGUGGCGGAUCAGGUUACAUCUGAGAUCACCGACAUCAUUUCAAACCCAGCGCGCUAUACGCCCCCCAGCAUUAUACGCACGGGGUUCGAGAUGAGCCAUUCUGAUUUAAAACUCAUGAUCUCAGUUCCAGGUGCGGAUCGACACGAGAUGCUUCGCAACUAUACCAGGCUCCUUAAGGUCGCCUGGCGUGCUCUUGGUGAAUGUCCUAAAUACGAACUACGACGCACUCUUGGGUCGCCAGUCACUCGUGUGGUCGUUCACAAGCCCACCGGACUCUCGUUCCGCUUGCACUGCGCCGAUGCUGAGCCCGCAUACAUUGAACGUAUCCGAUAUUUCCACUCGCAAUAUCCGGAGCUUCGUUGCAUAUACAUCGCCACACAAUUGAUCCUAACUACCGCAGGCGCUUUUGGUAGCCGCAGGAGCUCGAUAAGCCGCGAGGGCCUACAAAUGCUCAUCGCGGCCUUCCUCAAAAUGUCCGAUGGUCGCUUUCGCAGUAGUGCCAGUUGCGGUGAAUCAUUCCUCGCGUUCUUGCACCUUUUCGGUACUGAAAUAGACCUUUUAACAACUGGUGUUACAGUCGAUCCCCCUGGCUUCUUCGACGCCCGCUCGGUGGAGGAAGCAUGGCACGCGAACGAGCCUAAAGACCGCCCACCUUACCUCCUCGGGCAACGCUCACUCAUCAGAUCGAAGAAAUACACCAAGAAAAAGCGUAGCAGAUUUGUUAAUACGGGCUUAUUAUUGCAAGAUCCAACGGAUUACAUGCAAAACCUCGGUCACACCCAGUCACGAACACCAUUCAUACAACAUGUUUUGGCAACGACAUAUGAAAACUUAGAAUUAGCCCUAAAAAACUGGAACCCGGCUCAUCAUCUUACACAGAAGACGAGCGUCCUGGAUAAGGUUUUACACGUGAGUUUUGAGGAAUUCGAGUCGCGGAGGGCGUCUAUACUUGCCGCUAGCACUGCUUCAAACAAAACAUAA